CCGUAAAUAAUGUAAUGUGAAGUUGCGCAAGCUAUGACCUCAAUACCCAUGACGCACCGCGGUCAUUCUCAGUGGUAAACAUGGCGUCGAAGGCACCAGCAACGGGCAGGCUAAUGCUUGGAUUCCGGAAAUGGUAUUACAGCAUGUGUGGCUUCAAUAAGCUUGGUUUAAUGCGUGAUGACACAAUCUAUGAGGAUUCAGAUGUGAAAGAGGCGCUGAGGAGGCUUCCAGAAAACAUGUACAAUGACAGGAUGUUCAGGAUCAAGAGAGCCCUGGAUCUGUCCAUGAAGCAGCAGCUCCUCCCUAAAGACAAGUGGACGAAAUAUGAAGAGGAUAUUCACUACCUGUCACCAUAUCUGAAUGAGGUGAUCCGUGAGCGGAAAGAGAGAGAGGAGUGGAUGAAGAAAUAGAUGGUUCCUGGUUGAAGCUGUUAAUCCUAGUCCUCAGUCAGUGCAUGGUUGUCCUCUGGUGUAAUAUUUAAAAUGAAAUGUAACCUAUAUACGACAGUGCUCAUUAAAGAAAUGUACAUUUUAGAA